GCAUCUUGCUCUCCAGUCUCGUCCGAGCAUUCGUACUCGGAAUUAAGUAAAACUAUCGUCACGUGCAAUAUAAUUCUCCCCUAAUUUAAACUAAAAUAAUAAUAUAUAUUUUCAAUAAAACAAUCAAGUUACAAAAAUAUAUAUAGAAUAAAAAAAAAUCUACUAGUUAAUCAAUCAUAAAAAAGAGAAAAAUAAACUAUACCCCCUCUCAAGUAUACUUGAAAAGUUUUACCAAAAUUACACUUAAUAUUUUUGUGAGAAAAGUUGAAAAAGUGUCAUUAAACAAUUCAAGAAUAAAAAAUAAAUUUCUAUUUUUUUUUUCUUUCUUUUCUUCUUUUUUUUUUUUUAAUAAGAAAAAGUGGUGAUUUAUAUAUUUUUUCUUCUUAUUAUUAUUAAUAUUAUUAUUAUCAUCUUUUUUUUUUUUUUGCCUUUUUUUACUUUGAUAAAUAUACUGAGACGUCGGAAAGUGUGAUGAUGGAUUCGUUGCGCCGUUUUCGUUCACGGAAUAUGUCAGUGUUCAACAAUGAUAUCAUAAAUUUUGAUGGAUUUCCCAUUGAGUAUAUUUACAUGUGAAUUUUAACACAUUGCUUGUACACUGUGAAAUAUAUAUUAAAAAAUAUAUAUUAAUAUAAAACAUAUACUACAAAUAAAUUCAAAUUGAAUGUUUAAAAUUGGCUGUCAGUGAUACAAGUGCGUGUUUAGUCAGAUAGACCUAAAGUAGAUUGGAAUCAAAAAUAUUCUUUCACUACACAUUGUAAAGUAAAUAUAAAAUAAUAAUAAAGUGAUGUGAUUGUGUACAUGAUGUGAUUGUGUUUGAUGUCUUGAAAUAUAUUAAGAAUUUAUUUAAAAUAUAUUUUAAUCAUGUCAAAAAUUAAUUGAAUAUUCAUAGUGAUAAUUUAUUAAUAAAACAAAAGUUUAAAAGAGCAAUGAUGCUUUGUGAAUAUUAAUUUUUUUAAUUUUUAAAAGUUUUUGUUUUUUCGUUUUUUUUUAAUUUGAUAAUUUUUGUUUGUGUACACUUCUUUGCUAGUUGAAAAUAAAAUAAUUAAUCACUUUGUGUGGUGAUUAAAAUACUCUACUACUGGCUGAUUAUUUUUGAGGUUAAAGAGUUUGGAUAAUGUUUGAAUGAGUUCAAAGAGUAAGCAGACAAGUUAAAAAGUUUUAUUAUUUUUUUAUUUUUUUUUUGAAAAAGUUUAUACAGUUUUACUCGUAUUUUAAAAUUUUGUGAUAAUUGUUGAAUUUUCUGGUGAUUUAAGGGUACAUUCCCCUGAGUGUGUUUUACGAAAAUGAAAAAUUAUUUGGUUUUAAAUAUGGUGGGCGAUGAGAAUGGGUUAUCCACUGUGUACAACAAAUUGAGAUUUUCUCGAUAAAAUUAAAAAAAAAUAUAUAUAACGAACAAAAGUUAAGGAAAAAGAGAAAAACAAAAAAAAAAAAAAAAAGAGUGAUGAGAGCUAGUAAAAAAUGAGGCGGUUACUCUUUACUCUUGGCCUCCUGUUUGCCGUUCAAGGACCGGGAGGGUGUAUAAACGAUGAUGAUAAUCCAGAUGACUUUGAUCUUGAACCACUUGAUCGUGGACCAUAUUUUGAUAUAUCAGCAUCGCAAAACGUGACAGCACUUGUUGGUAAAUCAGCAAUACUCAGAUGUCGAGUUAAAAAUCUAGGUGAUCGUACAGUGUCAUGGGUGAGACACAGAGAUAUUCAUCUUUUAACUGUCGGUGUUGAUACAUAUACAAGUGAUCAAAGAUUUGUUGCAUCACAUUUUCCACGUACAGAAGAUUGGACACUUGAAGUUAAAUAUCCACAACGUCGAGACUCUGGUAUAUAUGAGUGUCAAAUAUCAACAACACCACCAAUUGGUCAUUCAAUGCAUCUAUCAGUUGUUGAACCAGUAACAACAGUGGUUGGUGAACCAGAAAUGUACAUAAAUAGAGGAAGUACAAUGAACCUUACUUGUGUAAUUCGACAUUCACCAGAACCACCACCAGCUAUUUAUUGGACCCACAAUGAUGAUGAGAUUAAUUAUGACAGUCCUCGUGGUGGAGUAUCCGUUAUCACUGAAAAAGGUGAAAUAACAACAUCCUAUCUUCUCGUUCAACGUGCUCAGCCAGCUGACAGUGGUAGUUAUACUUGUCAUCCAAGUAAUGCCAACGAAAAAACCGUCACUGUCCAUGUUCUUAAUGGUGAACAUCCAGCAGCAAUGCAACAUGGUGGUCAAUUGAGAAUAGGAAAUCCACCAUUCGUGAUACUUUUAGCAAGUUUAUUGGCAUUUUUGAAUCAUCGUCACUGAAUAUUCUAGUAUAUUCUUGUAUAAAAAAUCUUAAAAACAAGAAAAAAUUUUUAAAAAAGCCUAUAUAAAUAGAAUUUUUGUUAAUUAAAUCACAAUGAGUGAGUAUAAAUUUUUAAUGCAUGAUUGAAUUUGUGUAUAAGGGUGAGUAAAUUUGUCGAUAUAAAAUUAUAUACAUAUGUGAAAAUAAUAAUAAAUUUAAAAAAAUAUAUAAAUUAUUAUAAACAAUUAAUGAAAAAAUAAAAUAAAAAAAUAAAAAUAAAAUAAAAUGUGAAAUUGUUUAGAGAGGAAAGAGGUAUUGAUGACACCUUUAUUUCAACGGAGAAUGAUUUACGAUAAAUAGCUAGAUUGAUGUGAAUAUCGUUUGGGGAGGAUAGAGGGUUAGUGGUUGGAGAAGGGAUGAUUUGUAUCAAUUGAUCGCGUUGGGAAAAUGUGAAGUGAAAAAAAGAAAAAGAAAGAAUUAUGAGAAAGAAAAGUGAGACUUCGAUAAAACACCACAGGAAGUUAACCUAUUUCGAUAUUAUCGUCACCCACAUUUAUCGCGUUAAAAUCAUAAAACUGUGUUUUAUUUAUUUAUUUUUUUAUUUUUGUUAUCUGACGUACUACGCCUACAAUUUUAUAUAUAGAUUAUAAAUCACUAUCACUUACUUAUACUCAUUUCAUAUCAUUUUGUCACACAGAAUUUAACGAUCCUAUUUAUUUUUCACAAUAUAUCUAUAGACAUAAAAUUUUGAGGGGCUAUUCAUUGUCAGAAUGAGUGAUGAAGCAAUUUCAGUGGUUCCAUAAAAUUACUAGUCUUUAUAUAUGAUUUUAAGUUAUUUCAAAUUAUCACAAGUGGAGAAAAUAUAUUUAAAUUAUUAUAUCAAAAAAAUUGUAUUAUAUAUAUACAUGUAUAUAAAUGUAUAUUUAAAUUAUUAUUGAAAUAUUUAUGUAUUAAAAAUAAAUAUAAAUUACAUUUACAUUUUGGCAUACGAAUUUCAUUAAAUAUAAUUUAUAUUUAUUUCUUUAUUUUUUUUUGAAUUCCUAAAGUAUUCCCAAAUUUAAAUGUAAUUUGUAUUCAAAUAUUUUUUAAAUAUAAUUUAGGUAUAUAUUUAAUACAGUUGAUAUUUAUUUUUGAAAUGAUUAAUUAAUAUUUUUUUCCACUUGAGUAUUUAAUUUGAUUUUUCAAAACUUUAAGUAAUUAUUUGAAAUUUUCGAUUGUGGAUAUAUUAUAAUAUUGUUUAAUAUUAAUUGAUAAAUAUUUUAAAAAUAAAAUAAUUGUUAUUAGGUUAAAAUAAAAAUAAACAAUUGAAUUGUUUUGUUUUAAA